UGUAUAAAAAAUGUAAAACUUUUACACUUACACAAUUUUCUCUGUGUGCUUGUUGGCAGCUGAAGUCCAGAUGCCGGUCACUAAGCUGGGUUUACUUAGGCAACUUGGAGCAUUGACAGUUGGAUGCAUUCUUUCUCUUCUAUUCAUCAGCAUCCUUUUCUACCUGUGUCAGAGAUGUUUCUUUAGAAGGACAAGAGUGCUUGAAAUACAGCAGGCAUACAUCACGGAAUUAUUAACACCUACAGAGACUAACACAGAAGAGACACUGGAAGUACAACAUGAUUCUUCACCCUCUGGCUUCGACCCCAAAAAACUAUAUGCAAAGAUCAAAGAGGAUUUGCACUAUGGCAGGCUAUGGAAAUCAUACCAAGGAAGUAAACAGAAUGCAACACAAAAAUGUCUGUCAAGACAGAUUUACUUCCUUCUUGGUGACAGCCCUCUAUCAAAGAAAGACCAGGAGGACAAACUGACAGACCCUGAUACAACAUCAUUAUCUCUAGAAAAUAGCACCUGAUCAUACAUACACACAAGCCACAAGAAGCUUAAAUUUGCCCAAAUAUGUACAGUGGCUGACCCUGCGCUCUGACCCCAGCUUGCUUGUAAGACAGCUUGAUAAGCAGAAGAAACAUUUUAUUGUACUGUACACUUUAUAUGAAUAUAUGACAAAUAAAAGCAUUCCAUCUGCCCUCAA